GUUGAACGAAAUUUAACUUUAGUUGUAAGCAGAUAAGAUUUAUUCUUGUUUAAAAAGCAAAUCUUCCCUUUCAACAAAAUUUAAUGUCAUAAAAGAAAAUUAGAAAAAUUAAAUAGAAAGUCAUUAUAAUGGGGAAUACUGCUGUUAAACAACAUUUUGAGACUGCUCAAAGAACUGGAGUCUUGAAAAUUUCACAAAAAAGACUCAAGGAAUUUCCACCUCAACUUCGAGAAUUUCCUAACGUUUUAAGAACUUUGGAUUUGUCAGAAAAUCACUUCGUCACAAUUCCAGAACUCAUCGGAAAAUUUACGUUGCUGAAACAUUUAAACUUUUCGUCAAACAAACUCACAUCGCUACCAGAGACACUUGGAAAAUGUUCUAAACUUGAAACAUUGAAUGCAAUGAACAAUUUAAUAACAUUUGUUCCAUUGUGUUACGAAGCUCUUAAAAAUCUGAAGCAUAUUAACUUAAGUAACAAUCAAAUAACAGAAUUUCCUUCAAUGUUUGCUGGUCUCAAACAUCUUGACAUGUUGGAUUUGUCAAGGAACAAAAUCACAGCCUUACCACCAGCUGCUAAGGAUCUCUACUGUACCGAGCUUAAUUUGAAUCAAAACCAAAUUACUUCACUAGCUGAACAACUUGCAGAUUGCCCAAAACUCAAGACGCUUCGUUUAGAAGAAAAUUGCCUCCAAGUGACGGCUAUACCCACGAGAAUUCUCAAAGAAUCUGUCAUUUCCACGAUUCUCGUUGACGGAAAUUUAUUCAACAACAAACAAUUCACUGAACUUGACGGGUAUGAGGAAUAUCAAGAACGAUAUACCGCAGUCAAGAAAAAAAUGUUUUAAAGAAUAGCAUUUGAUGUCAAAAACCCUUUCAAGAAAAAGGUAAAGAAAAAUAUAUACCUAAUUAAAAGUUAUCUAAAUUUAAAAAAAUCAUUGUCAACAAUACUUCAUUUUGAUGUCUAAAUAGAAAAAUUAUAUUUUUGUCUUAAUUAGGGAUUGGAGUUUAAAUGGAUAGACUUUUAAUUCAAUUAUUUGUUUCUUUUGUUCCCCUGUUCUGACCAAUUCAUUCAUAUUUAUUGAAAUUUUCUAUAUACCUACACAUUUAAAUUAUUAGAUAUCAAAUAUACUUAAAAUAAAUUUACAAAUUCUUCGGAAUGUUAUUAUC